AAAAAAAAAAAAAAAGGAUCGGAACGAUUUCUUCGCGGAACCUUUGAGGUGAGGAGCCAUUUGAGGAACGGACCGCAGCGGGACGGGACGAAUCCGGACUGGUAGGCAUGGCGGCGGUGGAGCCGGACUCAGGCCCAGAGGCCGCCAUCCCCGUGGACCUGCGGCGGGAACGGCGACUGGUGUGCGUGGAGUACCCAGGCGUGGUGCGUAACGAGGCCAAGAUGCUACAGACUCUAGGCGGCGAGGAAGGCGUCUCUCGAAUCUACACUGACCCUAGCAAGAGACUUGAGCUCUACUUCCGGCCCAAGGACCCAUACUGCCACCCUGUGUGUGCUAACCGGUUCAGCACCAGCAGCCUGCUGCUCCGGGUUAGGAGAAGAACAAGGCGACGGAGAGGAGUCCUGGGAGACGAAGCUCAACCCCGGGUCACAUUCGACUUGGAAAUCCUUGGCACCAUCUCCACAAUUUACAAAUUCCAGGGAAUGUCUGACUUCCAGUACUUGGCAGUGCACACAGAAGCAGGUGGCAAGCACGUGUCCAUGUACGACAGAGUGCUCAUGCACAAGCCUGAGAAGGAGGAGUUCUUCCACCAGGAGCUGCCACUCUACAUCCCCCCACCCAUCUUCUCCCGGCUCGACACCCCUGUGGACUAUUUCUAUCGCCCUGAGACACAGCACCGGGAAGGCUAUCACAAUCCCUCCAUCUCAGGUGAGAACCUGAUUGGACUGAGUAGAGCCCGGCGCCCCCACAAUGCCAUCUUUGUCAACUUUGAGGAUGCUGGGGUACCUGAACAGCCUCUGGAGGCUGCAGUGCAGACGUGGAAGAAGGCUUGCACCAACCCCAUAGAUCAGAAGGUGGAGGAAGAGCUGAGGAAGCUCUUUGACGUCCGUCCCAUCUGGUCACGAAAUGCUGUCAAAUCCAACGUCAGCGUCCACCCUGACAAGCUUAAGAUCCUGCUUCCCUAUAUGGCUUAUUACAUGAUAACGGGCCCAUGGAGAAGCCUGUGGAUUCGAUUUGGCUAUGACCCUCGAAAACACCCAGAUGCCAAGAUUUAUCAAGUUCUUGACUUCCGAAUCCGUUGUGGAAUGAAAUAUGGCUAUGGCUCCAGGGACAUGCCGGUCAAAGCAAAGCGCAGCACUUACAACUACAGCCUCCCCAUCACCGUCAAGAAGACAUCCAACCAGCCUGUCACCAUGCAUGACCUGAAGCAGGGCCUGGGCCCAUCAGGAACUGAAGGCCCGAGGAAAUUGACCUACAAUAAGUAUAAGCUCAAGGAUUCGGUCUACAUCUUCCGGGAAGGGGCUCUGCCGCCCUAUCGACAGAUGUUCUACCAGCUGUGUGAUUUGAAUGUGGAGGAGCUGCAGAAGAUUGUUCACCGCAACGAUGGGACAGAGACUGUGUGCACAGAGAGAGAUGGGUGGUGCCUCCCCAAGACCACAGACCACCUGAGGGACAGCAUGUCACUCAUGAUUCUGCAGACCAUCCGCUCAGAGAGGCCUGGUAAGGCUGACCGUGGGAAAGAGCAGCUGAUGUUUGAGUCUGGAGAGGAGGAAGAAGAGGAGGAGGAGGAGGAAGAGGAUUUCAAGCCCUCAGAUGGGAGUGAAAAUGAGAUGGAGACAGAGAUUCUGGAUUAUGUGUGAUGAAGCUCUGGUCCCAGGCAACCAGGUGAGGCUGGCAGCUGACCCCAGAAGCCUGAAGAAGAUCAUGGUAGUGAGGUUGGCCCCAAAGCACCUCUGAAAAAACUAGUGUCCUAACAAGAGGCCCUGGCUCCAGCUGGGCCCCUGCUGCUCAGUAGGGCAUUUGUCCUGGGUGGUUGGGGAAGAUCCUGUUGUCAUGCGGUGGACCCAAGGCAAAGAUGAGGUAAAGCUGGGG